CACUCAAUCCUAAUUACAACCCAUUUUCUGGAAAUGAAACUGAGGCUCAGGGUAGUUAAAAGUGUCUUUCCUAAAGUUACACACAAAGUGUCUGUGGUGGUGGCAGUACUCAGGCUGUUAUCUCUACAGCCCAUACUCUCAACCACUGUGACUCCACAUAGAAUGCACAAAGGCAGGGCUGCUCUGUUAUUUUGGGUGGCGUGGGUGGAAGUAGGCAAUGGAGGCACAGUUUUCAAAGCCACUGGUCUAAUCUAACCAUUCUUCUCUUCUUUUUACAGAGGGUGUAACUUGGGCCAAGAAGUCGUGAUAUGAGCAGGUCAUACGGUGUUGAGGGCCAAACCCCUCGACUCCGUUGGGAGUUAAAGGGAAGGAAGUGGACAUUUCCUUUGAACCUAUGAAAGAGCAGAUUGACGAGAUGCCCGAGGCUGCCAUGAAAUCAACAGCCAACAAAUACCAAGUCUUUUUUUUCGGGACCCACGAGACGGCAUUCCUGGGCCCCAAAGACCUCUUCCCUUACGAGGAAUCCAAGGAGAAGUUUGGCAAGCCCAACAAGAGGAAAGGGUUCAGCGAGGGGCUGUGGGAGAUCGAGAACAACCCUACCGUCAAGGCUUCCGGCUAUCAGUCCUCCCAGAAAAAGAGCUGUGUGGAAGAGCCUGAACCCGAGCCUGAAGCCACAGAGGGUGACGGUGAUAAGAAGGGGAAUGCAGAGGGCAGCAGCGACGAGGAAGGGAAGCUGGUCAUUGAUGAGCCAGCCAAGGAGAAGAACGAGAAGGGAGCGCUGAAGAGGAGAGCAGGGGACUUGCUGGAGGACUCUCCUAAACGUCCCAAGGAGGCAGAAAACCCUGAAGGAGAGGAGAAGGAGGCAGCCACCUUGGAGGGCGAGAGGCCCCUUCUUAUGGAGGUGGAAAAGAAUAGCACCCCCUCUGAGCCUGGCUCUGGCCGGGGGCUUCCCCAAGAGGAAGAAGAAGAGGAGGAGGAAGAGGAAGAGGCUGCCAAGGAAGAUGCUGAGGCCCCAGGCAUCAGAGAUCAUGAGAGCCUGUAGCCACCAAUGUUUGAAGAGGAGCCCCCACCCUGUUCCUGCUGCUGUCUGGGUGCUACUGGGGAAACUGGCCAUGGCCUGCAAACUGGGAACCCCUUUCCCACCCCAACCUGCUCUCCUCUUCCACUCACUUUUCCCACUCCAAGCCCAGCCCAUGGAGAUUGACCUGGAUGGGGCGGACCACCUGGCCCUCACCUCUAGGUCCCCAUUCGCCUAUGAUCUGAGUCAGAGCCAUGUCUUCUCCCUGGAAUGAGAUGAGGCCAUUGUGUUCCUUCCGCUUGAAGCUAUUUUCCAGGCUUCUGCUGGGGCCUGGGACAACUGUUCCCACCUCCUGACACCCUUCUCCCACUCUCCUAGGCAUUCUGGAACUCUGGGUUUGGAUCAGGGGUAGGAAUGGAAAAGAUGGAGCAUAAACAGCAGGAUGGGCUUGUGGGGCCUGGGAGGGGCAAUCCUCAAAUGGGGCAUAGGGACAGCACAGGAGGGCAGCCUCCUCCUGAGCUCCUGUCCCCUGCUACACCUAUUAUCCCAGCUGCCUAGAUUCAGGGAAAGUGGAACAGCUUGUAGGGGAGGGGCUCCUUUCCAUAAAUCCUUGAUGGUUAACAAUACCCAUUUUUCCUUUUGCCGACCCAAGAGUUUUGGGAGUUGUAGUUAAUCAUCAAAAGACUUUGGGGCUUCCUAGUUGUUUGGGCCAAGGACCUGAGACCUGAAGGGUUGACUUUACCCAUUUGGGUGUGAGUAUUGAGCAUCUGUUCCCCUUUAGAUCUCUGAAGCCAGAAAUGGGAUGCUUGGGAAGACCCCUAGCUGUCCUUUUCCCUCUCUGCACAGUGCUCAAGGCCAGCUUAUAGUCAUAUAUAUCACCCAGACAUAAAAGAAAAGACACAUUUUUUAGGAAAUGUUUUUAAUAAAAGAAAAUUACAAAAAAAAAAUUUUAAAGACCCCUAACCCUUUGUGUGCUCCCCAUUCUGCUCCUUCCUUCCCCAUCGUUGCCCCCAUUUCUGAGGUGCACUGGGAGGCUCCCCUUCUAUUUGGGGCUUGAUGACUUUCUUUUUGUAGCUGGGGCUUUGGUGUUCCUUCCAGUGUCAUUUCUCAUCCACAUACCCUGACCUGGCCCCCUCAGUGUUGUCACCAGAUCUGAUUUGUAACCCACUGAGAGGACAGAGAGAUAUAAGUGCCCUCUCCCGCCCUCUACCUACUGGUCUCUCUAUGCCUCUCUACAGUCUCGUCUCUUUUACCCUGGCCCCUCUCCCUUGGGCUCUGAUGAAAAAUUGCUGACUGUAGCUUUGGAAGUUUAGCUCUGAGAACCGUAGAUGAUUUGAGUUCUAGGAAAAUAAAACCCGUUGAUUACUA